GUUGAACAGUAAAAAAAAAAAAAAAACAACACUGAUUUUAUAAAUGUCAAACAAUAAUGUAUACUGACAUGUGCCAAACACUUUUCAAUGAUUAUUUAAUAAAUAAUUAGCAAAAUUAAAUUAUCAAUUGAAAAAGUUAUCAAAAUUACCAAAAAAAAAAAAAAGAAUAUAAAAUGGAUUAUGAUGGAGUUGCCUACAAACUUUUGGUUUGGUUAAUGGCAUUUAAUUUUGGUGUUAUUCAUCACUGGCAUGUUUCAACACUUUUUGAAAACGAAAGACAUUUUUCUCAUUUAUCAGAAAUUGAAAGAGAAAUGUCAUUCAGAACUGAAAUGGGAAUGUAUUAUUAUUAUUAUAAAAUAAUUGUUGAAGCACCAAGUUGGAUGGAGGGUCUAGAUAAAAUAAGAAAUGACAGUUUGUCACAAUAUCCAAAUGUAAUUAAUGCCGAUAAAACAUACAAUUUAUUUCCUGAGAUAUUUGCAGGAAUGCUUUAUCACAAUGCUAAAUCAAUGGGUCUUCUUGGAGUACCAGAAUGUUGGCAGGUAGAAAGAGGUGAAGGAUUGUCACCAAUAACAAGCUGCCAAGGUUUAUCAGUACCAUCAUAUUUUUAUCUUGAAGUUGUAUGGACAUUUUCCAUGUUAACUGGAAUAACAUUAUUUCUAUAUGCAACAUAUUUAAGUGGUACUAUUUACGGUGGUAUUAUUGCUGCAUUAUCAUUUUUAUUUAAUCACACUGAGUGCACAAGAGUACAAUGGACACCACCAUUACGUGAGAGUUUUGCUUAUCCAGUUAUAUUAUUUCAAAUGUACAAAGUUACAAUGUUGCUUGAUCAGCACAAACGUAAUCAUAAAAACAGCAACAAUAAUCAUUUUAAUUGGAAGAAUUUAUUUGACUGUCAUUACUUGGAUAUUAUUUUAGCAACUGAAAUAUGUUUAUAUUCAUGGCAAUUUUCACAAUUUGUCAUGGCAACACAAGUCAUUGCAUUGAUAAUAUUACAAUGGACAAAAAUAAUACCACGUGAAUUAACAUUACAAUUAUUAUUUGUUCAUUUAAUUGCAAUAACAAUAAGUAUACUACAAGGUCUCGUACGUAUAUCAUCAUUGUAUUGUUGUCUUGUUAUUAAUUUAAUAUAUUGGAAUGUCAUUAAUUCAUGGAUGGAAAAUAUAUUUGGACGUAAAUUAGCAUUAUUAAGUGAUAUUUGUUUGACAAUUGGUUCAACAUAUUUAUUUAAAUCAGGAAUUAAAUUAUCACAUGAUUAUAAUCAUGUAUUUGAUAUAUUAAAAUCAAAAUUUACAAAUUUUAAAAAUUUUCAUACAAUGUUAUAUACAUGCUCACCAGAAUUUGAUUUUAUACAAUUAGAAACAAUUUAUACAAUAUCAAAAACAUUAUUAUUACCAAUAGCAAUUAUUGCUGGUAUGUCAGUGAUGUAUUAUUGGUAUGGACGUUGGAAAAAUAUGAAAUAUCCAUUGUGUAUUGAAGCUGGUGUUGCUUAUAAUGGCCUACAAACAUGUGCAUUUAUUAUAAUGGCAACACUUGUUAUGAGACUUAAAUUAUUUAUGACACCACAUUUAUGUAUUAUUGCUGGUAUGGCUGUUGGACAAAGAUAUUUAUUAAAAUUUGGUAUUAGAAAUACUGUUUUAUUUAUAUUAUUAACUUGUGCAAUAUCAUUUCAUGGAGUACAAAAAUUAAAUGAAGAACGACAAUUUCAUGGUGAAUAUUCAAAUAUUGAACAAGAACAAUUAUUUGAAUGGAUUAAAUCAAAUACACCAACAAAUGCUGUGUUUGCUGGUAAAAUGUCAGUUAUGGCUAAUUUAUUAUUAUCAACUGGUCGACCAAUUGUCAACAAUCCAUAUUACGAGAGCAAAGAAAUGAGGGACAGAACACUUAGAGUUUACGAAAUGUUUAGUAGAAAAGAUCCAGCAAGUUUUUAUGAAACUCUUAGAAAAAUGCAAGUUGAUUAUUUAGUUAUUGAGGAAGGACUUUGUUAUGGUCUUGGAAAUUCAAAACCAGGAUGUAAAAUGAUUGAUUUAUGGGAUUUAAAUGAUGGUGGUAGAACAAAAAAACUUGGUAAACGUCCAUUAUGUCCAGUAUUAUACAGUGGAAAUUGUCAUCCAUUUAGAAGAGUUUUUGCAAAUAAUCAUUAUUCAGUAUUGAGACUUGAUUAUUCAACUUAUGUUGAAUUAAAACCAAAUAUUCCAAUUCUAAUGCAGUCUUGAUUAUUAAAUUUAAAAAGAAAUUUAACUUUUACUUUUAUUAUUUUUUAAACUUUAGUUUGUUUUUAUGAAUGUUAUUUUAUUAUUAUUUUUUUUGUUAUUAAGAAGGUAUGUGCGUGUGCUUGAGAUUUAAAGAAUCGACACGAUGGAAUGAAGAGUGAAAGCGUAACAAAAAUAUAUAUGUG